AUUAAUAAUUAGGAAAAUAAUGGAUGACUUUAGAUAGAACAGAAAGAGGAGCCUUGGUAUGUGGGCGGAGGCGAGCUUUGUGCGUUAAACCAGCAACAUCCCCCGUAAAAGUAUUGAGCUUUCGUAAGAAAAGAGUGCCAGCUGUGGGCCGAUAGCCGAAGCUCGUCACACGAAUGUGUGUCACGGUUCGUCAGUAGGAGGCAGCGAGGAGGAGCUGGAGGAAUCGAGAGCACCCGAUCCGACCUUCAUGGCUGUCAAGCAAGCGAAAAUAGAGAAGUUUGUGUCUGUGGCUGCCCUAUGUAGUUGUUAAAUGUAGAACGGCGAUCCCAGUGCGGUUUGUUCCAAUCGCUUCGUCGACGGUGUGGUGCAGUGAAUCGGUGCUAUGUUUACGGGGACAGUGCGUAUCAAAAUAUGCGAGGCUCAGGCCCUGAGGCCGACCGAUUUCUCGAGACGCCAUACAUUCGGAAAGACGGACGAACUGCUGGACCCUUAUGUCACCGUCGAUGCGGACGACCUGCACCUGGCCCGCACCACGUCCAAGCCCAAAACAUUCGAUCCCGUUUGGAACGAGUUCUUUGAGCUCCAGGUCCACAAUACCAAGACGCUGACAUGGACUGUGUUCCAUGAUGCAGCCAUCGGGCCCGACGUGUUCGUCGCCAAUUGUAGCAUCUCCGUGGAGGAUUUGCUUAACAGGGACCGGGACGAGGGAGAUUUUUGGGUGAAUUUAGAGCCAACUGGUCGUCUACAUAUUAGAAUAGAUUUGAAAGCCACAAAUGAAUACCAUGGAGCCAAGCCGAAGGAGUUCAAGGAGCGCCAAGGCUUCAACCGCAGACGUGGUGCCAUGCGACGCAGGGUGCACCAGGUCAACGGGCACAAGUUCAUGGCCACAUUCCUGAGACAACCAACUUUCUGCUCCCACUGUAAAGAGUUUAUAUGGGGUUUGGGCAAGCAAGGCUAUCAGUGUCAAGUGUGCACAUGCGUCGUACACAAGAGAUGCCAUUUGUUGGUGGUCACACGCUGUCCGGGAAUGAAAGAUGAGGUAAAAAAACCUAUAAAUUGUUGUCAAAGCCUAUUGUUGUCACUCCAGCACGUUGACAUAAACCACAAUCCGGGCGAAGACGACUCAAAUACCCAAGGAACCAGGUUUAACGUGAACGUACCUCACAGAUUCGAGGUGCACAAUUACAAGAGGUUCACGUUCUGCGAUCACUGCGGUUCGUUGCUCUAUGGUCUGUACAGACAGGGGUUGCAGUGCGAACAAUGUAAUUUAAACGUGCACAAAAGGUGCCAGAAGAAUGUCGCGAACAAUUGUGGUAUCGACGUAAAACAAAUGGCUGCAAUUUUAAAAGAAAUAGGAGUAACACCAGAAAAUCCAACAUCCAAACGAAAGCCAUUGCUGCCGGGUCCUGGAGGUAACGGUGGCGCAAGGGAUGCUGGGUCUAAUGAUAAUCAACAGGCUAGAAAUGAAGGUACGGAUGAAUCGUUAUCCAGGAUGAUGGACGAGAAAUUGUCGAAUAACGGAGGUGAUUCUCAAGGUGGUACUGGCGCUACAAUUGGACUGCAGGACUUCCAUUUCGUUAAGGUUCUAGGCAAGGGCAGUUUUGGUAAAGUUAUGUUGGCUGAAAAGAAAGACACAGAUGAGGUGUAUGCUGUAAAAGUGCUGAAGAAGGAUGUAAUUAUCCAGGACGACGACGUCGACUGCACAAUGACAGAGAAACGGAUUUUGGCGCUGGCGGCCAAACACCCGUUCCUGACUGCCCUAAACUGCUGCUUCCAAACACGGGACAGACUGUUCUUCGUUAUGGAGUACGUUAACGGCGGCGAUUUAAUGUUCCAGAUACAACGUGCCAAGAAAUUCGACGAACCAAGGGCUCGGUUCUAUGCUGCCGAAGUUACGCUGGCCUUGCAAUUUUUACACAAGCACGGAGUGAUUUAUAGAGAUCUGAAACUGGACAACAUAUUAUUGGAUGCGGAGGGCCACUGUAAAUUGGCCGACUUCGGUAUGUGCAAAGAGGGCAUUUUGGAUGGUAUCACCACAUCAACAUUCUGCGGUACACCCGACUACAUUGCGCCAGAAAUAUUACAGGAAUUGGAAUAUGGUGCUAGCGUUGAUUGGUGGGCCCUGGGCGUUCUCAUGUACGAAAUGAUGGCAGGCCAGCCGCCAUUCGAAGCCGAUAACGAGGACGAUCUGUUCGAGUCGAUCUUGCACGACGACGUGCUGUACCCGGUGUGGCUGAGCAAGGAGGCCGUCAGCAUUCUCAAGGGCUUCAUGACGAAGAACUCCAGUAAACGUUUGGGUUGUGUGGUCGCGCACGGCGGUGAGGCCGCCAUUCAGGCACAUGCCUUCUUCAAGGAGAUGGACUGGGCGGCUCUGGAGCAGCGCAGGGUCAAGCCACCGUUCAGACCCAGAAUUAAAAGCAGGAAGGAUGUGGCCAACUUCGACCAGGAAUUUACGCGCGAGGAACCGGUCCUCACGCCAGUCAACAACGAGGUGCUCCAGUCAAUCAAUCAAGACGAGUUCAGGGGAUUCACCAUCAUCAACAGGGAUUUCAAUCCCCACCGCUACGCAGUCGAAUAAAUUACUGGCGCCGGGCGGAUAAACAAUGCAAAUAUUGACGUUACACCAAAUCCUGAUACACUUACCCAAUUCCCAACCAGGUAGUUUAGUUUCCUCAUCAUUGGUUGUGGGUGCAAGGCGGCCCGCUGUAUCUCCGUUGAGUGACGUUCAUAGGGAAACUGUUCAGAUGUCCGGUUUCGAUUGUAAUACGAUGGAUCGCCUUGGACCUCUUAGCGAAACAAACGCUUAAAUUUUUUUUCGUAAAAAAAGUAACAGUACUCACAUAAUGUUAUAUAUGUAUUUAUAGAGUUUAUUUAUAUUUAGCUUUUAAAGUCAGUCCGUUAACGUUUUACACAAAAAAAAUAUUUAUUUAUUGUUUGUAAUUUUGUAUGUGCUAUAUGCGCUUGGGCUGCUCGUUAAAUUACUGGUAUUAAAAUGAAACUAUGUACAUUGUUGAUAUAAAAUAAUGUGUUUGCCAACACUGGGCUACGCCAAAGCAUCUAAAUUGCCACAAGUAAUGUGUUCAUAACAAUUUGUAUGAAGGAGACAGUGGAACAAGUGCACAAAAAAGUACAAACCCUCAAACAAAUAAAGCAUCACCCUCUUAACUGUAUAUUCUACUAGAAUAGCAAAUCUACCUCAUGAAAUACGUUUUAGUUUUAUUAUUUGUAAGGUUUAAUUUUAAUUUUUCAAAGUCCCUCUGUUGGCAGACCACAUUUAUUUGUUGUGGGGAAAUAACAGGGUUUAAGAUAUUUCGAGACCAGCCCAAGCAUUAAUGGAUAUGUUGUAUACUAUAACAAAGAAUACGUUGGAUUUUCAGAUAUAUUUGAUAAACCUGUUGUAUUGCAAAAGUUAGUAUUUUUCCUGUAGUAUUACAAACUUUGCAAUUUAUAAUGUGUAAUUCACUAAUGACGUUAAGAUAAAUUCCAAUUUGAUUUCAAUACAUUGAGGGUGUUAUUGAAUAUAUCAUUUUUAGUAUUUCGCUCUGUUUCUAGACGGAUCCCCGAUUUUCUCAUCAGUUUGCUUUUGAAUUAUCCAAUUUGUGAAACGGGAAAGGGCGACUGUUGUGAAGCAGAGCCUCGUUAAGUUUUCUGUGAUUUUCUCACGAUAAACUGACGGAUCCCAGUUCUACUCUAGUCAUAUGUAUGGCCUAUGUAUAUAUCAGAAGAGAUAUGAAAAUUCAAGGUGAGGGACACUGUUAAAGCUAAACUUAACGUUUCGUGGAUUAAACAAAUCACGUUCCCAUCUACCACAAGCACACAUCGCAGAUAUAAAUGUAAGAAAUUUGAGCGGAAGAUUAUAUGAAACUCGUUGUUAAACUUGACUACAACUCCUUAUUCUUGCUGUAGAAGAAUGAUGGUAGCAAGUAAUAGUGUUAAAAAACCUCGAAAUAUCGCUUUUGAUGUACUGAAUAUUUCAUAAAUACUCUGUUCAUAUUUUAGGAUCUAGUCAUUUAGGAUGUGCGUCUUUUUGAACUGCACACAUCUUUAGAAAAUGAGUGCGAGUAUUGUGGCAGUUGGGAAUAUCCUAGUAAAAGGUUGAAAUAAUUCAAUAUUAGGGAAAUGUGCAUUAAUUUAAUAACAGAGCUUUAUAUAGGUUGUUUACUAUUACCAAAGAUUUUAUUUAUUAUUUUUAAUAUCUGUGUAAAUGUUUAUAAUAUAUAGUUUAUGUAAUAAUUAAUUUAAAAGAAUAUUAUAUAUAUGGUGCAUUUAACGAAUGUGUUAAAAACCACAGAGUAGAAUGUAGAAUUCUUUAAAUGCAUUGUACAAUGUGACUUUUGUGUGUAUGGACGUGUGAAUGAAUACAUAUAUACUAUGUAUUUUAAAUUGUAUGUGCUGGAAUUUGUUGAUUGUAUGUAAAUGUGUAAAAGUUUAACUUAAGUUAUUCUGCCAUAAUAACGUAAGCUACUAGAAUAUUCAAAAUACAUUUCGAGGAAAUGUAUAUAUUGUUAAAAGUAAAUAAUGAACUAUGUAAUGUUUUAGAUAUUUAUUAAUGUGAAGCUUAGAAUAGUAGAUAAAAAUAAAAAUAUUCAAGCUAAUAUUAGUGAAUGUUUAGAUCUCUAUAUCACAAAUCUGUGUUAGCACUAAGCAGUUACAAAUUAAAGGGAGAUUGUCAGAGAUAAUGGUUCAAACCGAAAAUUUAGUUGAAAAAUUGAGUAGGCUUUAGUUCAUUGCAAGCUUCACUUUAGUCCCAGAUGUAAAAUUAUAGUGACACUCCCGUUCAGUUAAUAUAACCCAACAUUAUCAUCGGAAAUGUUGCAUUAAUACACCAUCAAAAUUAUCAGCCGACUGUAAAUCGUUUAUUUUCAAAUAAAAGCCAGUGUGGAGUUCUGAUCGAAGACCUGAACUAUAUAUUUUGUUGUUUUGGGUGUAUUAGUGUCAGGUUUCUAUUUUCAGUAUGUUGUAUUCAAGCUUACAAUGUUGUGCCAAACCAUAUCCCAUUUUAUCAGCUGGCUGUCUGCACUAAUGUUUCCUACCGUACCUCACUAAAAAAAACCACUGUCGCGUUGGUAUUGUUUAUAUCAUAUUUGUAGUAGCAAUGUGUUGUAAAUGGUGUACCUAUUUCUCUGAUGGUGUACUAAAUAAAAAUAAACAUUAUUUAAUGUA